GCUGUUCGAAAAAUAGCCAGAUAGGUCCAGAGAGAGAGCUUAAACCUACCCGAACCAUUUGCUCCGAGUGUUGGUUUAUCAUCAUCUCCGUCUCUCCGAUCGUCGUCGCUCAACUCCACCUGAAGAGUCUCCGAGUUUCUAUUGAAAGACACCCUUCAAUGGCGGAAUCUGUUUCUUCUCAAACUCCGUCGCUCUCGGAGCAAUAUCAUUUGGAGAAAGAAGUGAAGCCUGUUGAAGUGGCACCAGAAGUUACUACUACUCAAGCUGAAGAGGUUGAAACCAAGGAAGAUUCUCCUUCUGAGGAAGCAGUUGAAGACAAGUCUGAGUCUCCUGAAGUGCCCUCUGAAGAGGCUCCUGCUGCAGCUGAAGAAAAUAAUGAGGAAAACACUACUGAAGAAGUUGCCGAGGAGACUCCUGAUGAGAUCAAGCUUGAGACAGCGCCUGCUGAUUUCCGUUUCCCGACAACAAACCAAACUAGGCAUUGUUUCACACGUUACAUCGAAUAUCACAGAUGUGUAUCUGCCAAGGGUGACGAUGCUCCCGAGUGCGAUAAAUUUUCAAAGUUUUAUCGAUCUCUUUGCCCCGGCGAAUGGGUUGAUAGGUGGAACGAGCAAAGAGAGAAUGGAACUUUCCCUGGUCCUCUUUAAGACUACUCCUGCAUCUUAAGAAACAUCAUAUAUCCCCCCAUCUUCCUCUUUUGCUCUUGUUACACUUCAUGAUGUCACCCGAAUUACACUGCAGAGUUUUAAUAAGAUUUUACAACAACCAGCAUGUCUGGUUCUGAUAAGUUUGUAACUCGGAACUCUCGUAUCACACAAUCAAUCUCGAAUAAGUAAAGAAACUCUCGAUCUUAUUGAAACCCAAA